AUGCCCCCCCUCUCCACCCCCCAAGCGGCACACCCCGCAUCUCGCAAACGGCGCGCCUCCUCUCCCCACGCCGCAGACAAGCGACGCCGCCCGAAUCUCGCCAACGGCUUCUCCUCCCUCUCCCUCCACACCGCCGCCCAGUCCACCCCCCCGCCCAUAGACGACACCGACGACGAUGGACUCGGCCCCUCCAACUAUCCCAGGAGCAAUGAUCUCAAGGUCGAGGUCCUCCCAGAAUCCAGCGCAACGCAAGAGACCUAUGCCCCCACUCCCCACCACCGCCACGCCCGCCCCCACCACUGGUCACAUUCGUCCUACGGCCGGCCCCCUCCGUCUUCUUCGUCCAAUUCCCCGCCAUCGUCCAGCGAUGAGACGUAUGACUCGGAAGCCACCACGACGCGUUUUUCCAGGCCAAGAAGAUAUGCAGGAGCAGCGCAGCAGGCGGAUGAAAUCGUCCAGCCAGACGCCAACGAUCCUGUGGCCGGCUACGAGCUGGGCAUCGAAGAUGUGACCGGCGUGCCCCCGCCCCUGCGAGGAAGGCGGCCUCGGGAAGACGACUCUGCGGAAGGCCCAAUUGAGAAGCGGAGGAGACGAGAUGACAUGGAUAUAGACAUGGACGCUGAACCUGAGCCACACUUGGGGGAGCCCAACAGUAUCAAGGAUAGGAUGAGAAAGAGAAAGACGGUGUGGCAUGAGCCAGAAAAAGACCGCAUUGUAAUCACCUCCCUCUCCGAUUCAGACUCGCGCUCGUCACGCUCUCCUUCCCCCGAAGUCGAGCUCGCUCAAGGCCACCUAUCGCAGCCGGGCGAGCACGGCUUCACUCUCUCCCCCUCCCUUCUCACCCACCUCAUGAGAGCGCGCCGAGACUAUGAUUUUCAAGUUCCUCUCAGCGAGCUGCUGCGAAACAAUGAGCGGGGGUUGACGGUGUACAGGCCGUUGGGGAUAUCUCCAGGGAAAUGGAAGGACGAUAUAGUCAAGACGUGGGAGGAAGCGCAGGCGGAUGCGGAUGCGGGGCGAUUCGAGGAGAUUGAUGAAGAUGAGGGUCGCAGUUUCACCCAGUUCUCCAAUCUAUCGGAGGGUAUGGAUGUAGAGCCAGAAGUGGCGCAGCCUUGGGCGAACCCGUGGAUAGGGCAGGGGGAGGCGACCUCAGUGGACAGUGUCGACCAAGACAUGGCUAUGGAUGUAGAGGAUUGA